AACCUUUAGAGAAUGUAAUAUAAUUCUAUUUUAUAAGAAACUAAUUCUUUAUAUCGGUGUUGUUAAGUAUCCAGUUUAUACACAGAUUUCACUCUCAACUUCCUUCACACCAAUUAUGGACAAAUUGAAAGAAAAGGGCUUUGUUAAGCUCAAAAUAACUCUCGAUGAUUCAGAAAAAAAUCAAUACAUUUUUUUAAGAGCAGACAGCGAAGAUCCUGAGGGAAAGUCUGUUUAUUUAGUAAACGUUCCAGUUACUACUACUGAAAAAGUUUUACGAAAGGCCAUUUCAAAUUUAGGUGGACGACUCGUGUCUGUAUAUCCUUCAAUUCAAGGAAUACUAAAAGCAGGAACUAAUUUACGAUUAAAGUUGUUGGAAAAAACUGAAGUAAAGCGUGUGCUCAAGAGUGCCUCAAAGAGUUCAACGAGUAUCCCUUGGAUUUCCUCACAAUCAUCAGGACUGAAACGUUAUUUGGAGAAAUAUGAUCGACAAUUUCCCAAUGGUCAAGUCUUAGAAGAAAGUGUGGAAGCGUAUAUGAAGCGAUUAACAAAACAAGAAAUUUCAGAAAAGAAUCGUCUUCGUAAAUUGAGAAAUCAACCCGACGAAGAUGGGUUCAUCCCAGUUGUACGGGGUACGCAUCAAUCGGUUGGUAACCCUGAAGAAGCUGAAAAGCUUUUACAAAAGAAGAAAGAAACCGGAAUUCACAAGGAUUUUUACCGUUUCCAAUUACGAAACGAAAAGAAGAAGAAGUUACAAGACUUGGCUCAUAAAUUUGAAUUGGACAAGCAACGAAUUGAACAACUUAAAGUUAAUCGACGUUUUAAUCCUUAUCAAGAAACAAGCUCUAGAUAAAUGGUUUUGGUAUGAAUAGCAUGGUCUUAGGUUUUAGGGAAAAAUACUUUGCGGUUAGCAAAUCAAUACUAUAGAAGUUAUAUUGUAUUAUUUACACAAAAACGUUUUAAGAGGUACUCAUCGUGGCUUUCUGAACAUUGGGAUCGUUUUUGGCUGGAAGUUUGUCUUUUGUAAGAUCGAAAUCAAGACCACUAAAAGCUUCGUAUAAGCAUCGAAGAUGACAAUCUUCCACUCUGAAACCGAUCGACCUGUUAGGUUCCCUAGCUAUUUUAUCCAUAAAGCUAGAAAUAAUUAGUAAAGAAACCCUCAAUAAUAGAAAUACAUACGGGUCAUUAUAGUUCUCAAUAGAAUAAUCAUAAUAUUUACUUGUGUUUCUUUCACCCGCUAACGGGCUGAAAGGCACCUGCUCUUCUCUAAGUCUUCGUUGGGCUAACUUUUGAAGAUCCGGGUACAAAGCAGAAGACCUUGAAGAAAUUGGUUGUGGUGAAUCGUUUUUCUCUCGAUGUUUUUUGAGCGUUUCUGUAAGUUUCACAAUUUUGUUUGGGUCUUUACCAGAUGUAGCCAAGUCAUGAAUAAUUUGCUGUUCUACCUGUUCUCGUCGUUCACGUUCCAUUUCGUGUUCGCGGACAGCAGCAUCUCUGGCUUCUUGUUUUUGUUUCCUUAGUAAGAUUUCGUUUUGUGCAAGCAGACGAGAUUCAGCAGCAGCUCGUGCAGAAUUAAGUGCAAUUGACUCGCGAUUUUGUUUCUCAUAUUGUUGAACUUUUGUUUCAGUUUCUUCAACAUCAACUUGAUAUAUUAAUUUGAAAGCUAUGCAUAAGGUUAGCAAAGAACUUAAGAACUUUCAUUCUUUAUCAACAUACUUAAAUUCUCAACUUCUUCCAAGUAGUCGUUGUAUUCUUGCAAGGACUCAAAAUCUUGUUGACCCUUGUUGAAGCUAAAUUCAUCGUUAGAGAAAUUCAACAAUAUUAUUUAUACAUUUUAGCAAUCCUCCGGCGGAUAUCAAUCUCCCGCUCGAUUUGUGCAUCUUCGAAGGUCUGUUCGCGAAACUUGGCUUUUCGCAGAAUUUUACCGCAUCCUGGUGUUGGACAAGCAGCUGGUCCAGUAGUAAAAAUUCUCUAAUAACCAUAGUUAGUAACACAAUUCUUGAACUUAUGAGGAUGAUGAACGCGAACACCUCUUUUAGCAUACGUCGACGCAAGAUUCACACAUUUUGUGAUAGCACUCUGGGUUUAUAAGCAGUUUCAUAUUUGGAUUUAAAUAACGAUCAGCUCGACAUAGCGGGCAUUUUUCGUCUAGACAUCAUCAGUAAAUAUAGCAUAACAAUGGAUAAUCAUAGCAUACCAUUUUUCU